UCAUGCAUAUCUGUUCGUGUGUUCAAAGUUCACGUUAACAAAAGUACAAUAUCUUUUCUACUGUUGAGGGUAUUCGACGAUCAUCUUAUCAUAAUAACGACCUUAGAAUGGUCAUUAUUAUAAUAAUAAUACGUGAAAUGACUCGCGUAAACACAACGGAGAAAACCUUUCUAUCGGAGCACACACGAACAGAGUUAGAAACUGCGUAACUGCAUUCCAAAGAGGAUGGGAGGAAGCUUUGGCACUCCGCCUCGGUUACCCGACAUUGACUUCGGAGGGAAGACCGUAAUCGUAACCGGUGCAAAUACAGGAAUCGGCUAUGAGACUGCGAAGGCGCUUGCCCAGAUGGGGUCAAAGGUCAUAUUAGCGUGCCGUUCUGAAGUAAAAGCAAAUGAGGCCUUACAACGAAUGAAAGACGAGCACGGCAAAGAGAAAUCUUCGCAGAAUGACGCAAGGAUAUGUAUCAAGGCAGAAGAUCUGGAUGUAGAAUUCAUGACCCUUGACCUCGGGUCAUUAGCAAGUACUAUGACGUUUGUCGAGGAGUACAAGACUAAGGGAUAUCCUCUCCACGUGCUCAUAUGCAACGCUGGAAUGGGAUGGGGACCAGAUGAGCCGACAGCAGACGGAUUCGAGAUUCACUUCCAGGUUAACUAUCUCUCUCACUUCCUGCUUAUACUUCAUUUACUUCCGGUUAUGAAGUCAACUGGUAUCGAUACACGGAUUGUUCUGAUAUCGUCUUUAAUGUAUCGGAAUUCAAAGUGGGAUCCGAAAGACUUGCAAUGCUUCAAUGAGAAAGAUAAGAUGAUAAUUUAUGGGACAACGAAACUAUACCAGAUCAUGCAGAUGUUCUGUCUGGCAAGAAGACUAGAGGGGUCAAAGGUCGGCGUGUUUUCGGUACAUCCGGGUAUGGUUGAUACAGAGUUCAACGCACGCCCAGGUCAACCAAUCACAAGAGGGAGCAGAGUUUUCCUGAGGGCAACAAAGUCAUUAAGAAUGAUUAGGACGCCUUUCGACGGGGCUUUGACUGGACUUCAUGCCGCUGCUAACCCGGCAUAUGAUUCUAAAACGGCGCUCUAUUUCGCGAGCUCCAGGCCGCGAAAUCUUACUGCUUUACCCAGAGACAAGGUAAAGCAGGAGCUUUUAUGGGAAUACUCUCUCGAUUGUCUGAAGGAUUACAUCACAGAAGAUGUGUUAAAAGAAUUGAACUGAGUAGAGAAGACCUCCACCACGGAGUCCAAUGCAUUAUGUGAUAAUAGGCCUAGUGUAAUUUAAAAAAAGUAACUAAAUAUUUAAUAAUACGAUUUCUUGAAAGUUUCUGUCCUUUGGGAUACAGGGUGCUAUCACACACACACACACACACAUAUAUAUAUACACACACAUAUCGUGUGUGUACCCCCCCCCCAAAAAAAAAAUGAUAAUAAUAAUUUGACACCUCAAAAUUCCCAAUUUAAGGAAAAUUAUGUCAUGAACACAUAAUUAUCAUAUACAGGAAAGUAUGCUUUCCUUAACAAUCGAUACCAUAUUUAUGUGGUAUAUUUUAUCGCUUGGAUGACCAGGAGGUAUUCUUUGCAGAGAUGUAAAUUCGCCCCAAAGUAAUGCAUAACUACAAUUAGUGAAUCCAGAUGUCGAGGACGUCAUAAUAUUACAAUGGUUGCAUUGAAAUCUAUUUCAAAACAUUUUAUCUGUAAUUUACAUUAAAAUAGUUUUACAAGCACAUUUUAGUAUCAAUUCACAAGUUAAUUUCAUUGAAAAGGGAAAAGCAAAUGUGUUUACUAACUCAUGUAGGAUUAUAACAUCAUUGGCAUCUGGAUUCAUUCAUUGCAGUCAUGCCUUACUUUGGCGCAAAUCAGAAUUUACAUUACUCCAAAGAAUACCUACUGAUUAUCCAAGCAUGAAGAUAAAACACAUCGAUAUGGUAUUGAAUUAUUUAUGAGAAACUACAUUUUCAGCCCAUAUAUAAUGAUAAUGCGUUCAUGACAUGUUUUUACUUAAAUUAGGGAUUUGUGAGGUGUCAAUUUUUUUUCUACUCACACGGUACACACACAUAUUUAUAUACACACAUACAUUAUCAUUAUUAACAACUACUAGAAAUAUGUAUGCAUUAACUAUUUUUAUUCUCACUGAUAUUAUUCACCAUAAACGAUUGAUCUCAAUGGAUACAUCAAUUUAGUUAUGAUCCAAUGUGUAUCUUCAAUAUUGACUUUCCAUAACAAGAAUAACAGCUUGUUUGCAUCUUCUUUUGGAUUAGAAGAUUUUAAGCUUAAAAUUGUCGAAACUGUAUAUUUGUAGGGUUUAAGAGGACUCACAAAAACUUGUAAUAUACGUAGAGUUUAAAAUGUGUUAUAUGUAUAUAUAUAUACAUACACAUACAUAUAUGAAGAGUUUGGUUGCAAAAGAGGUUAGGUACACUUUGGAUCAUUCAGAGAAAAAUUAAAUCUUUUAUUCUCACUUAUUGCAAUAUUCUUAUGAGAGACUGAAUUGUCAUGUUGUACUACCCUAUCAUGUGAA